ACCUAAUACCACCAGAAUAAUCACGAGAUAAGUUUAUACUAGCGACUCAUUUUGAGGUUUAACUUUGAUCAGUUACCAGGAGUUUGAGAAUAAGACAUGGAGGAACCGCAUCCGAUGAUGAAACUUGUUGAUCUUCACAACAAUGAAUGCAAUGCCAUCGAAGUCGAGAUCAACAUCCCGUACGGAAAGAUCGCCGGCAAAUGGUUUGGUCCCCGGGACGUCAAACCGAUUCUGUGCCUCCACGGCUGGUUAGACAACUGUGGAACCUUCGAUAGGUUGAUUCCUCUUCUUCCAAAAGAGCUGAGUUUCCUCGCAAUCGACUUCCCCGGACACGGUCACUCGUGCCGCAUACCCGACGGCAUGGCUUACCAUCAGAUCGAUCGAGUUAUGGUGAUCCAGUACGUGAUGAACGAGUACGGUUGGGACCGGGUGGCCCUCAUGGGGCACUCGAUGGGCGCAUCCGUAGCGUUCACCUACGCGGGAUUGUUUCCCGAAAAGGUCGAGCUGGUGAUCGGGCUGGACAACUUUAGACCGGUUAGGUAUAGUCCGGGGAGGUUCCUCAAGUAUGCCGGAAGCAUGGCGGUUAAGAUUUUGCAGGUGAAUUCGGAUGAGCGUAGGAAUUCCGAACCUCCGCUGUACACGUACGAAGAAAUGGUUGAAGCACUGCACAAAGGAUCUUACCAGUCGGUAUCCCGGAAGUACUGUCCGUACCUGCUGCAGAGGAACAUUUCAAGGUCCAAAAAGUACCCGGAAAAGUACUACUUCAACUAUGCCAGAAUGCUAAAGUACGAUCAAAUUCCGGGUUGGACCGACGAAGCGACGGUUACGUUGCUCAAGCGAAUCCGCGUUCCUCAGCUGGUGAUCCAAGCUACGGAAUCGCGAGAUCCGGGAUCACGGGCUGCGUUCAACACGGUUGUGAAGGUACUUGGCGAGGAGAAUGCGUCGUUUCAGGUUGAGUAUCUGAAAGGAACUCAUCACGUUCAUCUGAACCAGCCGGAAGUGGUGACGCCGGUGAUAACGGAUUUUCUGCUGAUGUAUUGGUCAGCUGGUGAUCCCGGACAAUGUGGUAAAGUUACGAGCAUAGCGUUGUUUUGCUACACCAAAAGACUGUUGAUAAACAUUACAGUCAAAAGACUGACAGAACUUGAAAAAACCAACUAG